GGGCAGUACUCAGCGCUGACCGGGAAGUGGCAUGAGAAGCCAUGUUUGGCACUGGAGUCUCCGGAAUACCUGGCCUCUUCUGAGUGAGAGUGUUGUAGAGGAGGAAAUAUCACUGGCAUUACUUUCCAUGCAAACACAAGACUCAGAAUAACAUUACUUGUGAAACAAAGCAUUGUAUGUAGACUACAUCUGAAGUGAAUCAGGGCCUGUGUCUACAGGAUGGAUUUAUGCUGGGAAAUAACAUCAAGGAUUUGCCAUCUUGGGAUCCCAUGGCUUUCUUUACUGGGCUCUGGGGCCCCCUUACCCGUGUAAGCAGAGUACUCAGCCAGCGCUGUUUCAGCACCACUGGGAGCCUCAGUGCAAUUCAGAAGAUGACACGGGUGCGUGUGGUAGACAACAGUGCCCUGGGGAACACCCCAUACCAUCGCCCUCCUCGUUGCAUCCACGUCUAUAACAAGAAUGGGGUUGGCAAGGUGGGUGACCGGAUACUACUGGCCAUCAAGGGACAGAAGAAAAAGGCGCUCAUUGUGGGGCAUCGCAUGCCUGGUCCUCGGAUGACCCCGAGGUUCGACUCCAACAACGUGGUCCUCAUUGAGGACAAUGGCAACCCUGUGGGGACCCGAAUUAAGACACCCAUCCCUACCAGCCUACGCCAGAGGGAAGGCGAGUUUUCCAAGGUGCUGGCCAUUGCGCAGAACUUUGUGUGAGCAGAGCCCAGGCCGCUGGCUGCAGUGGGGCUCACGAAUGGAGCAGUUCUGAGAACUGUGCCUCUGCUGAGAGGGAGCUUGGGGCCCUGGGACUGGGGAACAGUGUCUUAUGAGAAAAUAAACAUAUUCAUAUAUAUUUCUUCCUGA